AUGCACUCUGCGAUCUUCGGCCCGCCCGGCACGCUGGACGACAAGCUCUGGCUCGAGGAGUUCGACGAGGCAUCGGAGCGUCUCCGACCGCGCCUGAUGGAGCGUGAGGUGGCGCGCAAGAAACGCCUGCAUGCCAAAGUCGAGACGCUGCGCACGCAGUACCGCUCCCUCGACGACGAGUGGCAGAGUCAUUGCGCACGUCUUGACCGCAUUGCCGAGCUGCGCGAGAACCGCCGGCCCGCAGUGCAGAGCGGCGGCGUCAGCACGCCGGUCACAGCGCAGCCAGUCGACGACAACACGGGCGGUCUGCUGGCGUCCAUGGGCAUGGGCCGUGCGAAUCGGCGCAGCAACCCGGCCGGCUUUGCGGGCUUCGGCGACGCGGUGCGAUCCGAGGCAGAGUUCCUCGAGAUCCUGGCGUCGCUCGAGACCGCCGACAUGCAGGACCCGAACGUGCGCGCCGCGCGCACGACGGCCACGGCGCCUGACCAGCUCAUCAACCCUGACGCCGACGAGCUGAUGUUCUCGGACUACGACGACGACAACGGCUUCGUGCGCGAUCCCGUCGCCUUCUACCUGUCCGAGUUCGACCCCGACGUCUGGUCCGAGGAGGAGAAGGCCAUCUUCGACCGCCGCUACACGCUCUUUCCGAAGCAAUUCGGCAAGAUU